AGGAGGAAGUGGAGGCGGCAGAGAAUAGCGGGCGAAUGGAGCUCUGAAAGGCUGCGAGAGCUCCGGAGGAAGGAGCCGAGCCGCGCGGGCGGCUUCGAUUCGCCCCUUGCGUCGCCCAACCCAGCCCGGCCCAACCCAGCCGGAGCUCUCUGGCUUAUAAACUCUGAAGUGCCGCCGCCUCCGCCUCAGACGGCGGUUUCCCCAGAAAAAGCCCAGCCGCGCCGUCGCUAACUACCCUCCGAUCCGUCCGUUCCUUCACCAGGGCCGGGAGGAAAAGGGAAACUCUCCCUCCGCCGGAGGCACCUUCCCGCCGGCUCGGAACCUUUCCGGAUUCGCCGAGCCUUUCGGAGGGCCUGCAGGAAAGGGUUGCACCGAACUUGCUGCUACUGCUCGCUCCCUCGCUCGACCGCCCUCCGCUCUCGCUCCUUUGCCUCGGCCAUGCCCGUCGGUGGCUUGAGGAAGUUUCCUGAUGGCUGCUGAGAGGUUCCUCUUCUCUUCCAUCCCUACCUCUCCGCCCCGCCCGAGGCUUGCGGUGCUUUCCCCCCAAAGCCGCCUCUGGAUGAAAUGUUGAAGAGCUGGGCCCCCUCUUCGCCUUUUCCCUAGUUGCACGCUUUAAAAAAAAAAUUUAAUUAAUUUUUUUGGGAAACCGAAAACGGGCGUCCUCUUAACGGCCAUAAUUACUUUGGAGUAAAGUGUCGGCAUCCUUGGCCAGAGGGGGGAAAUCCUUCCCAAUUCUUCUUUUUUCAUGCUCUGCUGAAGGGGGGCAACAAGAUGCAGACCUUUUUGAAAGGGAAAAGGGUCGGUUAUUGGCUGAGCGAGAAGAAAAUCAAGAAGCUCAAUUUCCAAGCCUUUGCAGAUCUUUGCAGGAAAAGAGGGAUAGAGGUUAUACAGCUCGACCUUACCAAACGGAUAGAAGAUCAGGGCCCAUUAGAUGUGAUCAUACAUAAACUGACAGAUGUCCUAAUUGAAGCUGACCAAAAUGACAGCCAGUCAUUGGAGUUGGUUCUUAGGUUCCAGGAAUAUAUUGAUGCUCAUCCUGAAACUAUAAUUCUGGAUCCUCUUCCUGCUAUCAGGACAUUACUGGACCGAUCAAAGUCUUACGAACUUAUUAGACAGAUAGAACUGUAUAUGAAAGAUGACAGAAUCUGUUCUCCGCCAUUUAUGGAAUUAACAAAUGCAUGUGGAGAAGACACCUUGAAGCAAAUAGAAAAAAAUGGAAUUGCAUUCCCAUUCAUUUGUAAGACAAGAGUCGCCCAUGGGACCAACUCUCAUGAGAUGGCUAUCAUAUUCAACCGGGAAGGCCUGAAAGCCAUCCAACCUCCAUGUGUGAUUCAAAGUUUCAUCAACCACAAUGCUGUCCUGUACAAAGUCUUUGUGGUUGGGGAGUCAUAUACUGUAGUGAAGAGGCCCUCCGUGAAGAACUUCUCAGCAGGCACUUCUGACCCUGACAGCCUCCAGACACCGAGUCAUUUCUUCCACCGCAUCUCCCAAUGGGCUUGGAGUGGAGAUAUAUACCAGGAGAAUAGGACAAAUUAUAGAGAGUCAAUAUUUUUCAACAGCCACAAUGUAUCAAAACCAGAAUCCUCUUCCAUCUUAACAGCACUUGAUAAAAUAGAAGGGGUGUUUGAAAGACCAAAUGACGACGUUAUCCGAUCAAUCUCGAAGACACUAAGGCAGACUUUGGGAAUUUCUCUCUUUGGCAUUGACAUUAUAAUUAAUAAUCAGACUGGUCAGCAUGCAGUCAUUGAUAUCAAUGCAUUUCCAGGAUAUGAAGGUGUCUCAGAGUUUUUCACUGACCUCCUGAACCACAUAGCCACCACUCUGCAGGAGCAAACUCCAGAGUUGUCCCAGCUGAACCAUAACAAAUUCCUGGCAGAGCAGAGCAGCAGCCUCGUGGGGGAGCGGACAUGCUGUGCUAACACUGGCUGCCGGAGCAUGGCAAGCCAAGACCCCUGGAUUGUGGAGAACGAGACCAACAGCUCAGUCAAGCUGCAGCACCAGAGGCUGGGCUGUAACUCAUCCAUGUCACCAAGCUUUCAGCAGCAUUGUGUGGCCACGUUGGCCACAAAAGCUUCCUCUCAGUGAUCCCUAUCUCUGCCACAGACUGAAAAAGAAAGCAGUCAGCCCCUGGGCUGUGAAUUCAGUGUAAUUUUUUGAAAGAAAGUGAAAUUAGUGAUAUGGGUCCACUUUAACAGAUUCCUCUUAUAGUUCUAUAGUGAGUUUAUCCAUCCAUGUAUGGGUGCCUGUUGUGUGCAUGUAUCUUAAACACUAUAUCUUAAUGUGGGAGGAUGGAUUUGUGUUUUUUUCCCCAUGCCUUUUUCUUUUCUUUGUAAUCAUCGACCAGAGUUGGGUGAUGAAUCGUCCUGGAUUGAUAAGAAUUUGUGUUGAAAAUUUGCACACUUGGAUUUAACCCUCUUCCAUCUUUUUUCCAGCCCAUUCCAAAGAGUAAAACAUGCAUUGAUCGGACACCUAAAUCCAGAGGAAACUUGCAUACCCAGGAUCAGCAUUUUGCUUCUUUGUGGAAAACUUUGAAGUUAGAAAGUUCUUCAGAUAGUUUCCCAUUUCCCUAAAGAAGAAGAAUGCCUGGGUAUUUGCUUGCUAUUGUGAAAAACUAUAGGUUGAUGCCCUUAAUCUCAUUUGGGGGCAGAGGACUUCCUAAUUGUUGGAGGAUUACCACAUCUAGCAUAAGAACAAGCUAGGGAGUUUGGCUUUUUCUGCUGCUUUACUGAUCCUGAGACUAAAGGACAUCUCUUUCACAUAUUUAUUAACUGAUAGGGUGGGUUAUUUUUAGCUUUGUAUGAUGCACAGAUCCAUUCACUGUGAUUUAUAAAUCAGGUUUCUUUGUUAGGGUGGGUUUGUGCAUCAUAUUAAACAAGAAAUUCAAAUUGUGGAUUAGCAUAACGUGAUUUAGGGGCCUGUUUGUAAGCACUACUAUGCACAAGAAUUUUUCCUUAGUGGUGGGUAGAAGUAAAAGUAAAUUUGUUGAAGUAAAUCAGCAGUAAUUUGUCUCCCUUUCUGGUCUAUCAUUUGUGGGAUUGAACAUUUGAGAUACAGUAUAAGGGUAAUAUUUAUCUAACCUGUAAUUCAGUCUGGUUAUAUUUUAAGAACAAGUAACAAAACAACAGUGAUCUUUAACUCUGUUUCUUUCAACACAUCAUCUUUGUACAGCUUUGAACUGGUCAUGAAUUUGAAAAGGUACUGAAUGAAUUUUGGGACUCUUAAUUUGAAAGAAUUUUUAAAUUGUCUCAAGAAACAUUGUUAAAGUAUUUUACACAUUUAGAUAUAUUUGGAAAAAUUGAUCAUCAUGAAUUAGAGAUCUAUGGACUAAUUCACACUCAGGUAGUAGUGUGAAUGUAUAUGACAUACAUGCUACAAGUUGUACACAUGAAUCCCAAUUUUUAAAAGGAUAAUAUAUUGGUAAUAUUUGUGUUUUUGUUGGAUUAAAGAAAGUUUUGAAUUCUCUCAGUUCCUAUAAAGAUGACCCAUUUCUUAAUAUGUAUGAACUGAUAUUAAUAUAUUUUCCUCCGCUGAUGGCAGCUUUUUAUUUGUUUCUUUGUUUUUAGAGUAAGGGAAAAAAUGGAAAUAUCUGAUGAAAUAUGAAAGGGAGUUUAAAAAGGGAGGACCAGAAAUGAUUCCAAAUUAUGGUGUAAGUGCAGGAAACUGUUCAAGAAUUAAUAGGAAGGAGAAUUGCUAUGUUCCUUUGUGGUAUUGUUUCUAAAGUUAUUCAUAAUUCUGCAAUAGGUAUAGCUGAAGAGAAGACAAUAUUUGUAGAACGGUUUCUUAUAUGAGACUAUACAGUCAUUUUGUUUAUUUCUAAUUCAAAUUUGAGUCAUAUGAUUAUCCUGAAUUAUUGUCUAUCUCAAUAACAGUUGCUGCAAUUUCCCAAUAAAUUAUUGAUAUUUGUCCAUACAUGUUUUAAAUGCCUUUGAUGGGAGUGAAAAGUAGGUCAGACAUAUUUUCAUAAAACUUAUUUUCAAAAUAGCAACACUAUUAAAAGUUAUUGAUAUUUUUAAAAAAUGAUUGGAUUUUAACAUUACACACACUCACACAAUUCAAGCUAAAAUUGUCCUGAUGAAAAGCACCUUUGAACAUAACCUGAGUCUGUCACUCCCCUGUAACUUUAAUUAAGGCAAGAGUAUUUCAUUGCUGGACUGAACAUUACCACACUCCUUGACUGCUGCGUGCAUGGAUCAAGAAACUUAACAAUUUGCAACAGGGUUCAAACCAUUUUAUUCUUUUAUACAGCUUGUGAGAGAGCCAAGGGAAGAGGCAUAAUAGGUUAGUUUUUCUGGCAUGUCUUCAGGGAACAUUAUUAUCUAAUUCAGAGGGUUAUUAUGAUUAUUUUUAAUUUUAAGGAAAAAAAACCCACAUCAUCAUUUAUGCAAUAAAUUUCAGUUCUUAGGCGAGCAAGCUGGAGAAAAGAAUGUUCCAUCUGGUUUAGUUAGAAGACAUUUCAAAAUUGUUGAUCAACCUGGACUAUUUGAUCCAGAUUAAAUAUAUUUCUGCUAUUUCCUAUUUUUAGUAAUGAGGAAGAAUUUCUUUUAAUGGCUGCCUUCUAAAUUUUGGUUAGCCUAUUUUGCACUGUUUUAUUUCUCCAAAAUAAACUACUGAUACAUAAUUGUACAUUUUAUAUUUAUUUACAAAUGAUAUAUUUCGUAAAUUCUCCAAAGUCUUAAUACAAAGUAUAUCUGAUAAAAGUGCAGUUCAUAUCUUGACUUUAACUAGAAUCUAAUUUAAUUCUGUAGCCAAAUAGGUUGUCAGCUUCGUUCACCCCUUGAUGUAACAGCUGCUUAUUUAAACAAAGACAAAGUUGUUCACAUCUUGCAUUUAGUUUAAUAAGAUAGCAUUGCAAGUGGGCUGGCCAGCCAACAGUUUGUAAUCCUUUCUGUGGUUUUUUUUCUAUCAGACUAUUUGGGGUGGAAUAAAAUAUGAAUAAUAUUGUCAGGUUCCAGAGAGAGCACAGUGUGCUAUUGCAUUGCAGAGCGCUGAACAUAUGGUACUAAAAAAAAUGAGUGCAAAAUCAAUUAUUUCAUCUCUGUUUUGUUGCAGCAAAUUUCUUGAACUCUUUUUCAAUCUAGAUACACUGCCAUGUGUUCUUCCCAAAAGGCAAUUUUAUGUGAGAACUGAAAUGCGCUGAACAGCCUCGCGUUUCUCAUAGAGAUUGAAGAGAAAUGUGUCUGUCCUUUUUCUUCUGGAAAGCCCUGGGAGAGGAGGGUUGUAGUUUGGUUGUAUGAUUCCAAUUUUUGUUUCAACUCAAAAGACCAACCUCUACUUUUGAGGGUCUGUUGAGUAAUAGCAAAAAUGUUGCCAAUGCAUGUAGGCCAAUGCAUGUUGUUGAAGGAUAAUUAAAGUAGACAGACUUAAAUGUACACAAAUAGCAUCCAUGUUUAGUUUGUUUAAGGAAGCAUAACUAUCCAUAACUGCAUCUCCACUCGUGGCAGGAAAAUAAGAAGCAACUUUUAAAGCAUUUUUUCCACUUUCCAGUAUAUACAUUACAAAUAAUAUUUUGUGACUCUCAUUAGAAUGUUUCUUUGUGUAAAGUAUAUUUUCAGUAAUAUACUUUAAACUUCUACCAGAAACCAGUCCAUCUUCCUUAUUAUAGAAAUAAGUGUUUGGAUGUAAAAAUCUUAAUGUGAUUAAAAAGAGCUAAAAUGUAAAAACCUCAGUAGAUCUGAGUUAUCACAUUCUAUUCAAAAUCUGAGGAAGAUUAUAUGUUAGAGGUAUGUGAGUGAAUAAUAUCUGCUCCAUUGCUAGAUUAUCCAAGCUAUAAAAUGAGAAAUAGUUGGUACUGAAAAUUGUUAAACUUACAAAUUUUUAUUCUGCAACAAUUAUACUUUUUAUAUUAAAGAUCUAAAGAUCAUAUUAAAAAAGAGUCUAAACCUCUUUUCAGGUUAAUUUCAAAAUAUGGUAAUUGACAUUUUAUAUAUGCUGUUGUUCCUUUGCUUUAUAUAAUCAGUUAUAAAUCAUAAUUCAUUUAAUAAAUACUGGAAAUCUACUUUUUUAAUGAACUUAAGCUAAGAAAUGAUUAACUAGAAUUAUUAAUUACAUGAACAAAACAUGUGCUUUGUCUGAGUAACAUAAUUAUUUUUUAGACAUGUAGUAUAAAAUUCUCCACUCUUAGAUAACUCUAUCUUGGGCUUUUUCUUUCAUUUGCACCUGGAUAAGCAGAUCAAGAUUUUUCUAAAUCAGCCAGCCUCUUAUCAUCAGCAAGGGAUCUACUAGUUGGCAGCUUCCCUUCCAUGCCUGAUAACUCAAAAGUGCAGAUUACUGUAGGUUGUUCUGAGCAUUUUAUAAGAUCUUUUCGCAUAAUGUUUUAUACCAUGCUCAGUUCUACUGCUAGCCUGUUCUCCUUUUACACCAUUGUGUGAGCUGGCAAGAGCAAACAGGUACGUGAUGUGUCAGACACCUGUGGAUUGAGUUUGGUCUCCCAAACAUAUUAAAGAAUAAAAAUAAUGCUGUUUUCAGAAGCGCCAGGUUGGUGUUUUGACAUCAAUUAAAUCCCUUUUUUUUUCUAGAAAAGUGUCUUGAGCCAUUACACUGGGAAUAUAAUGCAGUAACUAUUGGUGUCCCAGUGGUAUUCAAAGGAAAUAGACAUUCCUUACUUUUUAUUCUCAAAAUAUGCUAUGGUAGCCUGUCUUAAGAAAAUUAUUCAUGGCACUGAGUUAUACAUAAUGAAGAAAGAAUGUUGGACAUACCUACAAUACCAGGAUAUUGAUUUUUUUUUUUUUGCUGACUUCAUAUAACUGUUUACUCCCUUCUAUUCUUAGUUUCUCCCUCCUGUUUCCACCCAUAUAAAUAUGAAUGAGUUACUUAAUUUGUUGUCUACAGACUGUUUUCCUUUUGAACCCAUCAUAUGUAAAGUUGGUGGUGUUCAAGAAGAAAUACACUUCCUUUACAAAAGCACUUCUUUUGAGACAGUGUAAUCUUCCAUUUUUAUAAGUACUGGUUUUUUUAAAAGUGUAUCAAAAUUUAAUUUUUCCUGAUGUAAUUUGCAAGUAAUAUUUAAGUCUGUCAGAAUAUGUAAUUGACCAUUGAUUCAGUUCAAUCUUACUACUAUAAUAUAAAAAAAUCAAAUUUCCUGAUAAAUGUGGUCCUUAUGAGGGCAAGAAUUACCUAUGAUUGUGUUGAAGAAACCGAGUGCUGACUUUUUAGAGGCUCUUUACAUUUCUUUACUAAAUAUUGUCUUCUUUAAUUUUUGAAUUAUGUUUCAAAAUGACAAAUCAGUAUAAACCAAUUCAGUUUUCAAUAACAGAGCACUCCUUCCUCAGUAUCUCAAUAAAGUUAGCUAACACAUCUUAUUUAAGAAUAGCUUUAUAAAAAUAUUACUCUGUUUGCAGUUGGGACUAAGAAUAGACAAGAAGAGGAGGAAGUUGUUUCUGGAUUGUGGAAUACUAAAUUCAGUUUCCAUUAAAUUCAAAUUUUCAUAAUUAUAUUGCAGUAUGAUUAUAGUGAAAAAUUCAAUUAGUACAAACUUACUGCAGUCUGAAUUAGUAUGGUCAAGGAACAUAUUUAUUUGCUAGAUUCAAAGGACCAACCGGUAUUUUGUAAUAGUCAAACCCAAUGUUUUAAAUAACAUCUAUUUUCCUUGUGAUCUAUUGUUUUGUUUAUUCUUAUUUUACCAAUACAUAAUCCAACAAUUUGUUUUUAAUGAAAAAUUGAGACAUAAAUUCUCAAUGCGCUGUUAGAUUUUACUUUAGAAGACACUACCAAAAUACAUGUCGUAAUGAUAAGGAUAUUGGGUGUAGAAGGAGACUUGUUUGUGAGUAGUUUAUGGCCCAUUGGCACUUGUAUCUUUCACCAUUUGCACAGCAACACCUUCGUGUUUAGUAUGUGAAAGGACUCAUAUUUAUAAAAUGCAAAUAUGUAAGUAUAAAAAUAGUGACAUAUAUAUUUCAGAUUGUGUACACUCUUAAUUAAUAGAGAUAAUCUUUAUCACUUUUAUGAAAAAGUGCAGUAAAAGUAUGGGAUGUAUUUUUUUCCAGUUCUUUAGAUUUCUUCCUUGGUGUUUUCAUAUAGUUCAUAUGUCUCCUCCUAUGUUCAAUUCCAGUCAAUGUCCCACUGAAUUGGACUCAUCUCUAUGUUGAUAUGGAUUGUACAUCUCUUUCUUUUUAUCCCUUCUCUUCUUCCCUUCUCCUUUUUACUUUUUUUGGAUGGGACAGAAUUUGUGGAAUGUUUUACAAAAACUUAAGGUGUGCUUAAGCAUUUUAUUAGUUCAAAGUUGAAGUUAUCUUGGACCAUUUCUUUAUUAUGUCCCAUUUGAAUUAAGGAUAUCAGUGCUGUCUUCUGCUAUUUUAGAUAGUGUUAUAGCAAGUGUGAGUGUUGUGAGUGUUUGGCCCUGUUCACAAAAUUACUUUCAUAAAAUUAUUUUUUUUUUGUAUUUAGAGAGUCUGUGUGUACACACUGAUACACACAUGCAUAUUUAUACAUGCAUAUAAAUAUAUAUGAUUUCAUUUUUUUAAAAAUAGCCCUAUAUAAAACCAAAAAUAUUAGUACCUUGGCUGUUUACUUGUAGUGCAUGACUGACGUCCUUCUCAAUAAUCACAUGGUGCUUCUCUUGCUUAAAUCAUUGAUUUCCAUAAUUUUUUUCUUCAUUUCAUCCUUACUUGCCAAACACUUGUGACAAAUAUUUUAGUAUUUUAACUAUAGAGUUAAAAUGCACUUAAAUCUCCUCUGUUAUUUCAAUGUCUGCUUCAGGGAGAAAACUCCAUUUUCCAAAAACAUGAUUAAAAUAAAUGCCUUAUACAAAACCUCA